GGGGGACAACUGCUGCCAGCCUUGAGGUUACUUAGUCGCUGGCGUGGCUGUUUAGGCUGACGCGUUGUCCUAGCUGCGCUUGAAGCCGGUACCCUUGGCAGUGCAGGCGUCACCCCAAGCUAAUAUUUUUAGUUCUAUUUUUGUACCUUAUACUAUUCAGUAGGGCUGUGCUUCGGCGACGCUCAAAGUGCUCGGCGGCGGACGCAUGAAAUCAGUCGCUCCUCCGCGUUGCCCUAUGGCGCAAUGCAGCCGAAGACUGUCUUGUUUAGUUGGACGCUCGGGGCUUUUGUCGUCUUCAAGUAGAGACGGCCUAUUGCGUAACCAACACCAAUCGUUGCGCGCGCAAGCGGCAGAGCUUGGGGCAGCCUUCUCGACAAGCAGCAAUGAAGUACCGAAAGAUGAAAAGCAGAUGGGCAAAAUUCAUCUUAUUAUGGGGCCCAUGUUCGCUGGGAAAACCACGCGGCUGCUGCAGCGCGUCCGCGAGGAAGAAGCAGCCGGCCGGCGUGUGGUGGUGGUGAAGAGCUCCAUAGACACCCGCUACUCGGUGGACCAUGUGGUGUCGCACACGGGGCAGCGGCUGCCGUGCUUCAGCCUGGCUCGCCUGGGGGUGCUGCGGGAGCGACUGGGGCCAGCUGAGUACGAGCGGGUGGAGGUGCUGGCGGUGGACGAGGCACAGUUCAUUGAGGACCUCACGGAGUCGGUGGUAGAGGCUGCUGAGAAGGACGGCAAGACCGUCAUCGUGGCUGGGCUGAGCGGCGACUACAGGCGACAGCGGUUUGGGCAGCUUCUGGAGCUGAUCCCGCUGGCCGACCGUGUAGACAAGCUGGAGGGGCGCU